GCUCCAUUUCACCACCCCUUAACUCUGUUUGGGAUCGCUUACACACCAAGGUAGCCAUCCCUCUGCCUCUGAGGAGAAUGCUUCCCAUCUCUCAGUUUCUCAGAUGUCCGCCCUGCGUUUCUCAGAAGACCAUGUUUCUCAUGAAGCCUGUGUGCGUUCUUCUAGUCACCUGUGUCCUUCACCGCAGUCACGCCUGGUCAGUGAACAAUUUCCUGAUGACUGGACCAAAGGCUUACCUGGUCUACUCCAGCAGUGUGGCAGCUGGCGCCCAGAGCGGGAUUGAAGAAUGUAAAUACCAGUUUGCUUGGGACCGCUGGAAUUGCCCUGAGAGAGCCUUACAGCUGUCCAGCCAUGGUGGACUUCGGAGUGCUAACCGGGAGACGGCGUUUGUGCAUGCUAUCAGUUCUGCUGGAGUUAUGUACACCCUGACUAGAAACUGCAGCCUUGGAGACUUUGACAACUGUGGCUGUGAUGACUCCCGAAAUGGACAGCUGGGAGGCCAAGGCUGGCUCUGGGGAGGCUGCAGUGACAACGUGGGCUUCGGAGAGGCAAUUUCCAAGCAGUUUGUGGACGCCCUAGAGACAGGACAGGAUGCCCGGGCAGCCAUGAAUCUGCACAACAACGAGGCUGGCCGCAAGGCGGUCAAGGGCACCAUGAAACGCACGUGUAAGUGCCACGGCGUGUCGGGCAGUUGCACCACACAGACCUGCUGGUUGCAGUUGCCAGAGUUCCGGGAGGUAGGCGCGCAUCUGAAGGAGAAGUAUCACGCAGCGCUCAAGGUGGACCUGCUGCAGGGUGCGGGCAACAGCGCGGCUGGCCGCGGCGCCAUCGCCGACACCUUCCGUUCCAUCUCUACACGCGAGCUGGUGCAUCUGGAGGACUCCCCGGACUACUGCCUGGAGAACAAGACCCUGGGGCUGCUGGGCACCGAGGGCCGAGAGUGUCUGCGGCGCGGGCGCGCCCUGGGCCGCUGGGAGCGCCGCAGCUGCCGCCGGCUGUGCGGGGACUGCGGGUUGGCGGUGGAGGAGCGCCGCGCCGAGACAGUGUCCAGCUGCAACUGCAAGUUUCACUGGUGCUGCGCAGUCCGCUGCGAGCAGUGUCGCCGGCGGGUCACCAAGUACUUCUGCAGCCGUGCGGAGCGGCCGCCGAGAGGCGCUGCGCACAAACCUGGGAAGAACCCCUAAGGGUAUCUAUCCCUCCUGCCUCCAUCCCUGUUCAUCCCGAGCUUGGUUUAGAGACCCCGGAAAUAGAGAACCCAGAAUGGGGGACUCAAACUCCCCAGCCCAGAGAUACUGACAGGGGGAGGCCACAGUCUCCCUACCGAGUGACACUUUCCGGAUUCAUUCGCAUGGUCUUUGUAACCCAUUCGUAGGUCUCAAAACUGUUAUAAAAUUCUGCAAGUUUUUCCUGAGAAAAGGACGAAAACAGACGAGUCUCCUCACCCCACCCUACCCUACUUUAGACUCCAGUAGUCAUAAUGCUGGACCUAGCUUAUCAGGGCUAGAAGAAGAGCCCCCAUCUCAGAUAUGCAGGGUCCAGGGAAAAGAUAUGGGCCUUCUCUUGUCUGUCACGGAUGCUCCUCCCUCGGGGUGAGCUAGAACUUCUAGGCCUAGACUCCCUGCUGUUGACUAUUCAAGAAUCUAACACUUUGUCUUCAUAUUUCCCACUUGCCCUGGGGAAAAAACACCAAACAAAACCAAAACAUCAACUAAACAAGAACAGAAAGGUAAAAAAAAGGAAGAAGUAAGCCUUUGAAUAUGGGGUAAGAGGGAACCUCAGAGCCAAACUUGCACACCAAAUAUUACUCCUCUGUGACAUCGUGUCACUGACAGACUUCAGCUGAGCAGUGACCUUCCUAAACACCAAAGAUACUCCAGACACACCCAAGGGGUCUAGGAGUGGUAGUGGUCCGCAGUGGACAGGUUGGCAAUCAUUUUUUGCUUAUAGUGGUGUCGAACUUUGUCUCCUUCUCCACAGGAGCUUUGAUCCCCUGAGCUGAGACAGGCAAAUCAAGUCGAUUCUUGCAUCUGUACCUCUAAAGACAGGGCAUAGGAAGGAGAAACCAGGCUCUAACACCUGGUUCUCAAAUAGGCAGGAUUCAGAACAUUGGAUGCUUUCCUGAAUACGUAAACCUCCCCUACCCCAAGCCCACACUCUGAAACUGUUACUAAUAGGAUGUUCAGAACCUUAACCUUUUUAAUUUAUUGCAGCCUGAUAUCUGUCCCUUCUCCCAGGUCCUGAACUCACUGAUGCUGAGAUGCUGACAGAAAAGCACAGCGGAAACUUAACCUCUAAGCUUUCUCCUCCCUCCCACUCUGGCAGAAUACCAUCUCCCUGUAGCCUUCCUUGAUGGCCUAAGUAGCUAGCUUGAUUUGACUGAGGUUAAUCUGCCAGGGAUUAGUAAAUCACCCCCAUAAACCUUCCACUAAUGCACUCACUUGGGAGCCCACAGCUCGCUGCUUCCAAGAGUCUGAGGUCUCUUUCUUGGAGAGGGGCAGUCCAGCAGGGACUUGUUUAUGACAUGGGGAUCCAGAGAACAGAAGAGCCCAGAUCUUCCCCAUAGCUGCUCUUUGCUCUAGGCUAGUCCUGGGUGUGGGUAUCCACAGCAUUUCUGGAGCAAGGCCAGUCAAAUUCUAUACUUUAUUCCUCUUCUGCUGAAAGUACAGAGCUGAGCUCACAAUGCCAAAGCCCCAGCCAGGGGCCACCCCGGAAGAAUGCAAUGCCUCUGCCGCAGCCUGGUCAGACCUCUGUGCAUCUUCUGGUCCUAUUGAAACUUUGAAGGAGGGAGUGUUUCUCUUCUUCAGCCCGGGACAAACUUCCCUUCCCUUUAGGGUCUCUUGCCUGUGCCUUCUGAGUCUCCCCAGCUCCCCCUUUCCUAAUCUUGCAGCCGUGGCUGUCAAUCCCGGGUCUCACCCGACAUUUGCACACUUAUAGUGUACAGAAGAAAACCCAGCAAUGCAAUGAAAACCAUAAAGGUUCCGCAUUGGGACGGUAAGCUGCAUUUCCCAGGGCCCUCAGCAUAAAGGUGGAGGCAUUGUGUUUCCAUGCUCAGAACUUUAAAGUUGGACUCCAAAUGCCUCAGGCUGUCAUUUCAUCCCCAGAUUACUUUGUUUGCCAAAUGGGUACGAGUGACAUCCAGUUCAUCCCACUUCUAUAGCGAACAUGCUCCCCUACCCAUGUACUACGCCUUCAUGCCUUUGUUCGAGCAAUAAACGCCGGAGUGGAGACAGCUGACAACAUGCAAGCAUCCCUCAGUUCAUGGCUUCCUGUCCUGCACUAAAUCACUGAGGCCACGCGGACAACUCCAGAGCUGCUGACUGGGAGGGAAGACUAGACGUCCCUAGGGUCAGCUAGUCAAACUUUAA